CUCCUCCCAUCCCUUUCUGCCCUCCGCUAUCCCACUCUCCUCCGCCUAAACAAGCAAGGACAUCCUAGGCGGACAAGUCUACUAGAUCCUCACCCAAGGAGGACUCUAAAUAAAUCUUCUCCCACUCUCAUCCACUUUGGCAUCAGGAAGGAAAAAGGAAGCAGGAAGCACAAAGCGAGGCCAGUAUCUUCUCCCUAAUCUCCACCUUCUUAGCCAAGAGAUCAAGUGAGCGAGUACCGGAACAACAAGAAAGACAUGAGCCAUGGCAGCUAGUUAGCUCAUGGCUGUUCUCGAUAUUUUAGCUCUUGGUUCCCCUGCAUAAAUAUCUUGCUACCGUAAGCUCAUGGAGAGUUGGGGGGAGAUAGAAGGUAAAAGAGUCCAUGAUCCUUCCUUGAAUCUCUUCCGUCAUCAUCCCAGUGAUCAUUACUGUAAGCCUAUGAAAGCUGCCACCGUUUGCAAGGCCGGGAGGUGUGUUUGGGUGCCGGGGCCCGUCAUCGUAGGUGCAGGACCCUCGGGACUCGCCGUGGCUGCAUGCCUCAAAGAGAAGGGAGUCCCGAGCGUGGUCCUCGAGAGGUCUCACUGCAUCGCCUCUCUAUGGCAGCUCAAGACCUACGAUCGCCUCCACCUCCACCUCCCCAAGAAGUACUGCGAGCUGCCUCUCAUGGCAUUCCCUUCGCACUUCCCCAAAUACCCCACAAAAGAACAGUUCGUGGCCUACCUCGAGGCCUAUGCGAGCCGGUUCGACAUCCGACCGGUCUUCGGUCACACGGUGGUCAGCGCCGAGUAUGACGAGAGAAUUAGACUGUGGAGGGUGAGAACCAGCUGGGGAGCUGAUCAGGAGGACGGAGUGGAGUACGUAAGCCGGUGGCUCGUCGCCGCCACCGGGGAGAAUGCGGAGGCCGUGGUGCCGGACAUCGACGGCAUGGGGGACUUCAAUGGCACCAUCAUGCACACAAGCUUAUAUAAGAGUGGUCACAUGUUCGAGGGGAAGAAGGUCCUCGUCGUUGGAUGCGGUAAUUCCGGCAUGGAAGUCUGCUUGGACCUCAGCAACCACAAUGCUCGCCCUUGUAUUGUUGCAAGAGAUUCGGUCCACAUUUUGCCCAGGGAGAUGCUGGGCUUCUCCACUUUUGGUCUCUCCAUGUGGCUUCUGAAGUGGCUCCCCAUGCGGACGGUGGACUCCUUUUUGCUGCUUGCUUCCAGGCUUAUGCUUGGUGACACCGCCCGGUUUGGCCUCCGAAGGCCCCACCUCGGCCCCCUCGAGCUCAAGUCACUCUACGGCAAGACCCCGGUACUCGAUGUCGGGACGCUAGCUAAGAUCAAGUCUGGUGAUAUCAAGGUUCGCCCUGCGAUAAAGAGAUUGACAGGGCACGGAGCAGAAUUUGUGGAUGGGAGAUUGGAGGACUUUGAUGCUAUCGUCCUCGCUACGGGCUACAAAAGCAACGUACCCUCUUGGCUAAAGGAGAGGGAGUUCUUCUCAGAAAAAGAUGGGUUACCAAGGAAACCAUUCCCCAAUGGUUGGAAGGGGAAGCAGGGCCUCUUUGCAGUAGGGCUCACAAGGCGGGGAUUGAUGGGGGCAUCGGUGGAUGCGAGGAGGAUAGCUUAUGACAUCGAACAGUGCUGGAAGGCCGAGGCAAAACAACCAUCAACCUUAUGAGUUACAGGUUCCGAUUGUAUCUUUCGUGCGAAAGAAUGAUUUUCUUUCUUUCGCGAUGUUAAAUGUUGGAUUGCGUAGCGUAAUAUUUUCUUCCAAAGAAAUCAAGUAGUGGAAAGAAAAAAAAGAUCGAAGUACUUUGAAAACUGUGCAAGAUGUGAUCCAACAGUUGAUGUCACGGAAAAAGACUAAUCAUUCUUUUGCGCGGAGGAUGCAAGACAAACCCUGAGUUACAGGCAUCGCUUAAACAUGACAUCACGAGGCUAGAACAGCUCUUAGAGUGGCAGACACCACUAGUCCGGUUGCUCUCUCCACCCAAAUGGGAGCUUGAUGAAGAACAAGGCGUUUCAGUAGUAUUUGUGUAUCUUUGUAUACUACUUCCAUUUUCCUGAUGGGGUUGACUGACGUAGA